CCAGUUUUGAGGCAUUGUUAUCGAACAUAGCUGUUGUGGAGAGCUCACGUGAAGAUCACUAUACUAAAACACAUAGUUAGCAGACCACGAUGAUGUUUACAAUACCAUUACGCAUCUGUAUUUUUGUAUUGGCUGUUACUGGAUUGGUGAGCGGAUUGCACGAGACGUCCUUAGUCUCCCGAUGGGUAAGAGAAUGUCCAGAUGGACAUCAGUUAUCUCGGAUUUCAAGCACAUACCACUGGAACCGAGGAACAUCUGAUCGCAAAUGGAUACUGGAAUGCGAACCAUCGCCUCUCCGACUAUACGCGUGUUUCUGGACACCAGACGUGAAUGGUUUUGAUCAAGACGUGAAUUUCGACUGCAAAAAUGGGAUCAUCGCUGGAAUGGAGGCGUCCGGAUAUGGUAGGACCAGCUCUGAUCGAAAGUUUGCGUUUAGAUGCUGCGAGGCAGAAGCUUAUCUCGGGAAAGAAUACACAACCGACUAUAUCAAUGAAUACGGAAAAGACUUUUCGUACACAGUGAAAAGUGGCGAGUUCAUAACCGGAGUGUACAGUCACCAUAGGAAUGGAGCCGGCUACGAGGACAGGCAAUGGAAGUUUGAUUUGAAGAAGAAGCUAUUCUGAACAGUCUUCUUUUAUAUCAAAACGUUUUGCAAAAAUUGUAGUAGAGAACUUGUAGUUGGGGAUUUGUAAAGGACAGUUUUUUGUCUGUUCCGUACUUUUUUUACCCUUCUUUCUUUGUAUACGCAGUAAACCGAAAUUUAAUGGAACAUUAGUUUCAAA